AUGCAGGCCCUCUACCAGCUGUCCUCCGGGGCCACGCCGCAGGCUUAUCAGACGCCCGGCCAGGCACCCGUCCAGCUCGGGCUUCACCUCGCCAACGGGAUGACCAUGUCCCCGGCCCUCCUUCAGCACCUCCAGGCCCAGCAGCAAGCGGCAGCCGGUUCGUUCAUUUAUACAGUUUUCCUUGGACGAUUUAAGCAU